CUGAACUAUAAAAAUCUUCCUCAACCGUAUCUUCAUUUCACAACUUCUUCAAAUUCCAAAACCAUCUCUUCAUCUUUCACAUUCUUGCAAUUUUACACCAACUUCAAUAGUUAUGAAGAAAGUUGUGUUGAAGGUGGAUGUACAUGAAGACAAAAUCAAGCAAAAAGCUAUGAAGGCAGUCUCUGGCAUUUCAGGUGUGGAGUCAGUUUCUGUGGACAUGAAAGACAGGAAAUUGACCUUAAUUGGGGACAUUGAUCCAGUUCAAGUAGUUGCGAAGCUAAGGAAGUUCUGUCACACAGAAAUAGUUUCUGUUGGAGCAGCAAAAGAGGAAAAGAAGGAAGAACCUAAAAAGGAUGAUAAAAAGAAGGAAGAUGAAAAGAAAGAUACUACAAAAGAAAUGGUUGCAGAUUCAAUCAAGUUCUAUCAAACGUAUGGCUACUAUUAUCAGAUGAAACCACAGUACAAUCCAUAUUACAGUGCCAUAAGUGUGGAAGAGGAUCCCAAUGGUUGUGUCAUUGUCUAAUUUUGUCGUAAGAUUGGACUCGAAAAAAUGAAUACAAAACAAAAAUAUUGUAUUUCUCGUUACCUAAUCUUCUAAUUUAUUCAAAUUUAUAUAUAAAUAUAUAUAUAGCUAUGAGAUAAUGACUCUCAUAUUUAGACAAGUACAAGAAGUCGAUAGCUUGGAAUCCAUUCAGAACAAAUAAUCUUAAUAACAGUAUUAUUAUUCCA